CGUUUAUGUGAACAAAUACGUGGCUGUCUCUCUGUCAGAGUGUUGCAAGUGACAAAAGUUCCUUAAUUCCGCUGUGAAGAAGUUUUCAGCCAUCAUCAGUGAUGGCAUUUAAAAUUGGUUUGUUGAGCAUCAGGGAGCUAGAAGACCUCUUCGUUCCCAUUCUACAUAACUGCAGAGACACGGCAGAAUUGAAGAAAAUCCACGCCCAUAUUCUGAAGCGUUCGCUCUCGCAGAGCAACUUCCUGGCGACGAAAAUGUUGGACGUCUGCGACGCCGCGCGGGAUUUGAAUUACGCGACGAUGCUCUUCAACCAAGUGGAGGAACCAAAUGGGUUCCUGUACAAUGCGAUCAUACGAACUUAUGCGCACAAUUCUAUGUACGGGCCAACAGUUUCCAUGUACAAGCAGAUGCUACGUAUGACGAAUCUAUCGCCUGGCAAAUUCACCUUCCCGUUUGUCGUGAAAGCCUGUGCGGGCUUGGGGAGCCAUGAACUGGGCAGGCAAGUUCACGCUCAGGUCGCCAAGUUCGGGCCGGAGUCUCACCUGAUCACGGAGAACGCGCUGAUCGAUAUGUACACGAAGUGCGAUGAUUUGGCAGUUGCCCAUAAGCUGUUCGACGAAAUGACUGAGAAAGAUGCUAUUUCAUGGAACAGCGUUAUCUCUGGAUACGCGAGGUUGGGUCAAAUGAGGAAGGCGAGAGCGCUGUUCGACAAAAUGCCUCAAAGAACAAUAGUUUCGUGGACUGCAAUGGUUACUGGAUACAGUCGUAUGGGGUCUUAUGCUGAUGCACUGGAUUUGUUUCGACAGAUGCAAAUGGCGGGGAAUGAGCCUGAUGAGAUCAGCAUUGUCUCUGUUUUACCUGCCUGCGCGCAGUUAGGAGCUCUCGAGGUAGGGAAAUGGAUACAUAUGUAUAGCGGCAGAAAAGGGUUGUUGCGGAAAACCAACAUCUGCAAUGCACUGAUGGAGAUGUACGCAAAAUGUGGUUGCAUUGAUCAAGCCAGGCAGUUGUUCGAUAAAAUGCCCAAGAGGGAUGUGAUAUCUUGGAGCACGAUGAUCGGUGGGCUAGCGAAUCAUGGCAAGGCUCUCGAAGCAAUCAACCUCUUCGAGAGGAUGAAGCUGGAAGGGAUUGAGCCCAACUGCAUUACAUUUCUAGGUCUUUUAUCAGCUUGUGCCCAUGCCGGCUUAUGGCAGCUGGGUUUGAGGUAUUUCGACUAUAUGAAAGACAGUUGCUCGAUACAGCCAGUAAUCGAACACUACGGAGUUUUAGUAGACCUUCUUGGACGAGCAGGUCAGCUCAACCGUGCCCUGAGUAUCAUACAGCAGAUGCCCGUGAGACCCGAUUCGAAGAUCUGGGGUUCGUUGUUGAGUUCUUCCAGGAAGCACGGGAACCUGGACAUUGCAGUUAUCGCAAUGAGACACCUCGAAGAGCUCGAACCAGAAGACACAGGGAAUUACGUCUUGCUAUCCAACAUAUAUGCGGACCAGGGCAAGUGGGAUGGAGUUUCGAGAAUGCGAACAUUGAUACGGAGCAAGAGCAUGAAGAAAACUCCAGGGUGUAGUUCGAUCGAGGUCAACAAUGUAGUUCAAGAGUUUGCUUCUGGCGACGAUUCUAAGCCAUUCUCGAACGAGAUCUUCGAGCUGCUAGAGAUGUUGGUUUCUUUUGACGAGAUAAGUGAUCAUAUUAUCGAGACAAUUCCAGAAGAUAUCUAAUGCUAAGUUGCUAACUCAAAACACCAAUUG